UUGCCGUGCCCCGUCCAUGUCUGCUUGACCUGCGAGCCACCACCACCACCACCGAACCCACCGAGCGCGCUCUUGUGUCGCUUCCAUUGGCGCUGCCGGCUGCCGCUCACGCCAGGCCGCCUUUGAAACAGCCCUAGUCGGUCCGCCUUCCUCCAGCGUCGCCGCACGCCUCCUGCAACGCCUGACAUUGGCUCGCGCACUUCAUCGCCAUGAAAGGCUUCAGGCAGAGGGUGCACGAACAGCUUGCGAGAGCCAAAUCAGACAAGUCGACUUCCAAAAAGAAGGACUCCAAUAACGGCACUUCGUCGCCCUCGCACGGCGCCUCCAACUCGCCCUCCGGCUCUGCGCACGCUACGCCCACAUCCUCGCAGACGCAAUUAACCGAUGGUCGCAACAAGCCCCUCCCCUCUGGUGACGGGGCAACAGGGAGUGCAGGCUCCCUCCAGCCAGGCCAGCCAGGCGUACCGACCUCUCUUGGAGCAGGUUCGUCCUUUGGCGGACAGCAGGGCACAGGCAGCUUCGGUGGUGCUGGUAGCGCCAGUGCCCCAGGUUCUGCUACACCCCACAGAGCAGGCCAGCCAUUAGCACCUAGCGUCAUCAUCAGCCCGAGUGCUCCUCACAUUCCACCCCCAGGCGCAGCAGAGACCAUGCCGGGCGACCUCUUGCCCCCAAAGGCGGGCCAGAAGUCGCUGAUUUUCGAUCGCUUGCAGACAACACCCAAGGACAACGUAGAAGGCAUCCGCACGCCUAAACGUCAACAUUCGUCACGUUUCGACAUCUCAGACCAGCGUCAAAGAGAGCUGGAGAAGCUGCCGGGUUUCCACGAGGUGCCGCCCAAUAAACGCGAGGAGUUGUUCAUGCAGAAGCUUGACCAGUGCAAUAUUAUCUUCGACUUUAAUGAUGCGAGCGGUGAUAUGAAGUCGAAGGAAAUUAAGCGUCUGGCGCUACAUGAGUUGCUAGACUACGUUGCGAACAAUCGUCAGGUCAUCACGGAGCGAAUGUAUCCCCGCGUUGUUGAGAUGUUCGCGAAGAAUUUGUUCCGCCCAAUCCCGCCACCUAUGAAUCCACAAGGGGAGGCGUUUGAUCCGGAAGAGGACGAGCCUGUACUGGAAGUUGCCUGGCCGCAUAUCCAGGUGGUGUACGAAUUCUUCCUCCGCUUCAUCGAGAGUCAGGACUUCAACACCAACAUUGCCAAAGCCUACAUCGACCACAGCUUUGUUCUGAACCUACUCGAACUGUUUGACUCAGAAGACCCAAGAGAACGCGACUUCUUGAAGACUACCCUUCACAGGAUAUACGGAAAGUUUCUCAAUCUCCGCUCGUAUAUUCGUCGCUCCAUCAACAACGUGUUCUUCCAAUUCAGCUAUGAGACUGAGCGCUUCAACGGCAUAGCAGAGCUGCUCGAGAUCCUCGGAUCGAUCAUCAAUGGGUUUGCCUUGCCCUUGAAAGAGGAACACAAGUUGUUCCUAACGCGUGUAUUGCUGCCAAUGCACAAGGUGAAGAGUCUCAGCAUGUACCACCCGCAGCUGGCGUAUUGCAUCGUACAAUUCUUGGAAAAGGAUGCUGCAUUGACUGAAGAGGUGGUUUUGGGUCUCUUGCGAUACUGGCCAAAGGUCAACAGCACGAAGGAGGUCAUGUUCCUGAACGAGGUUGAAGAUAUUUUUGAGGUCAUGGACCCCGCCGAGUUUGCCAAGGUUCAGGAACCACUCUUCAAUCAACUAGCCAAGUCCGUUGCAAGUCCACACUUCCAGGUUGCUGAACGAGCACUUUACUUCUGGAACAACGAGUAUUUCUGUAACCUUGUCAGCGACAACGUGGAGGUCAUCUUGCCUAUCAUGUUUGCACCGUUAUACGAGAACUCGAAAGGACACUGGAAUCGGACGAUCCACGGGAUGGUGUAUAAUGCCAUGAAAUUGUUCAUGGAGGUAAACCCGCAGCUGUUUGAUGAUUGCUCGCAUGAUUAUGCCGAAUCACAGAAUAACGCUAGUGAGCGUGAGCGAAGUCGACAAAGCAGAUGGGAAAAGCUCGAGAAACUCGCAGAAGCCAGGAAGAACGGCGACUUGGUAGACAACAAGGUCGCUUCGAAAUUGGGCUCGCCCAUGCGGUUAGAUGACUCAGAUCCGCUACGAAUGGAGGCGCUUCGGCUGCAGGAUGACGCCAAAGACCGGCGGCCAAAGGAGUUUGAACGGCAGGGAAGCCAGACUUCGGUACGUUGAUUCUUGAGUCCUAGAACGAGCGUCAUUGAACAUGAGCAUUUUCUACGGCCGAAUCAUUGUACUUUUAAUUUUAUUCCUAGACCUUCUAGGCUUUUUUUCGUUGUCAAGAUUUGCUUUUGGUUCUGGGUUCCGGUUGAUCUGACAUGU